AUGCCCUCCGUAUACAACAAGGACAAGCCGUGGGAUACGGACGACAUUGACAAAUGGAAAAUCGACACCUUCACACCGGCCGACAACGCCGGCGGCACAUUUGCUGAGGAAUCCUCCUUCCAGAUCGUUUUCCCCAAGUACCGCGAAGUGUACCUCAAGGAGGCAUGGCCUCUCGUCACAAAGGCCCUCGAGAAGACGGGCAUUGCUUGCUCGCUCGACUUGAUUGAGGGCUCAAUGACCGUCAAGACGACAAGAAAAACAUUUGACCCCGCUGCCAUCCUCAACGCCCGCGACCUCAUCAAGCUCCUGGCCCGAAGCGUCCCCGCGCCGCAGGCUCUCAAGAUCCUCGAAGACGGCGUCGCAGCCGACAUCAUCAAGAUCCGCAACCUGGUCCGCAACAAGGAGCGCUACGUCAAGCGCCGCCAGCGCAUCCUCGGCCCCAACGGCUCGACCCUCAAGGCCCUUGAGCUGCUCACUCAGACCUACAUCCUCGUGCAGGGUAGCACCGUCUCCGUCAUGGGACCCUUCAAGGGCCUCAAGGAGGUGCGCCGCGUCGUCGAGGACUGCAUGGAGAACAUCCACCCCAUCUACCACAUCAAGGAGCUCAUGAUCAAGCGCGAGCUCGCAAAGGACCCGGAGCUCGCCAACGAGAGCUGGGACCGUUUCCUGCCUAAUUUCAAAAAGAAGACGCUCAGCCACCGUCGCGUGCCGCAUCAGGUCACGGACAAGUCGAAAAAGGUCUACACGCCCUUCCCGCCCGCGCCCGAGAAGAGCAAGGUCGACAAGCAGAUCGAGACGGGCGAGUACUUUUUGGGCAAGGAGGCCAAGAACAAGGCCGCGCAGGCCGAGCGCUUGGAGCAGCAGAAAGCGAAGAAGGAGGAGAGGCUGCGCGAGAGGGAAAAGGACUUUAUACCCCCCGAGGAGCUCGGCCACAAGAGGAAGAAGAGAAAGAAGAGCGAGGACGACGAGUAA